AUGAGCGAUGUCACCAUUGUGAAAGAAGGCUGGGUUCAGAAGAGGGGAGAAUACAUAAAAAACUGGAGGCCACGGUAUUUCAUUCUGAAGACAGAUGGCUCGUUCAUAGGCUACAAAGAGAAACCUCAAGACGUGGACCUACCUUACCCCCUCAACAACUUCUCCGUGGCAAAAUGCCAGUUAAUGAAAACAGAACGACCAAAGCCAAACACAUUUAUUAUCAGAUGUCUUCAGUGGACCACUGUUAUAGAGAGAACGUUUCAUGUAGAUACCCCAGAGGAAAGGGAAGAAUGGACGGAAGCUAUUCAGGCCGUAGCAGACAGACUCCAAAGGCAAGAGGAGGAGAGGAUGAGUUGUUGCAGUCCAACCUCACAGAUCGACAAUAUAGGGGAGGAGGAGAUGGAUGCUUCUGCAACCCAUCAUAAAAGAAAGACAAUGAAUGAUUUUGACUAUUUGAAGCUACUAGGUAAAGGCACUUUUGGGAAAGUUAUUUUGGUUCGAGAGAAGGCGAGUGGGAAGUAUUACGCUAUGAAGAUUCUGAAGAAAGAAGUUAUUAUUGCAAAGGAUGAGGUGGCACACACCCUCACCGAGAGCAGAGUCCUGAAGAACACGAGGCACCCCUUCCUGACAUCCUUGAAAUAUUCCUUCCAGACAAAAGACCGUUUGUGUUUUGUGAUGGAAUAUGUCAAUGGGGGCGAGCUGUUUUUCCAUUUGUCGAGGGAGCGCGUGUUCUCCGAGGACCGCACGCGCUUCUACGGCGCCGAGAUCGUGUCGGCGCUGGACUACCUGCACUCGGGCAAGAUCGUGUACCGGGACCUCAAGUUGGAGAAUUUGAUGCUGGAUAAAGAUGGCCACAUAAAAAUUACAGAUUUCGGACUUUGCAAAGAGGGGAUCACUGACACGGCCACCAUGAAGACCUUCUGUGGGACCCCGGAGUACCUGGCGCCAGAGGUGCUGGAGGACAACGACUACGGCCGGGCGGUGGACUGGUGGGGGCUGGGCGUCGUCAUGUACGAGAUGAUGUGCGGGCGGCUGCCCUUCUACAACCAGGACCACGAGAAGCUGUUCGAGCUGAUCCUGAUGGAGGACAUCAAGUUCCCCCGCACGCUCUCCUCUGACGCCAAGUCACUGCUGUCCGGGCUCUUGAUAAAGGAUCCAAACAAACGCCUUGGCGGAGGACCAGACGAUUCAAAAGAAAUUAUGAGACACAGUUUCUUCUCUGGAGUAAACUGGCAAGAUGUAUACGAUAAAAAGCUUGUACCUCCUUUUAAGCCUCAAGUAACAUCUGAGACAGAUACCAGAUAUUUUGAUGAAGAAUUUACAGCUCAGACUAUUACAAUAACACCACCUGAAAAAUACGAUGAGGACGGCAUGGACAACGAGAACCGGCCGCACUUCCCUCAGUUCUCCUACUCGGCGAGCGGCCGCGAGUAG